AUGUACUUGGUCAAGGUGUCGGACUUCCUCCAGAUGGAAGGAGCCCCAGAGUCGCACGACGUCCUGAAAGAGCGCGGCCUGCUCCACGAGUGGAAAGCCGGGAUGUUUGCAAUCUUUGUUUCACACCAGUGGCUUGGACGUCAGCAUCCAGACCCCAACGGUGAGCAAGUGGCCGUGCUUCGCCAGAUGUUGCAAGGGCUCAUUAAUGGUUCACUGACUGUUGCGGGGGAUCUUGUCUCUUCCACCUACGGUCAGGGGAAGCGCCUCACCUCAGAGACGCGCAAACAGGUGGAGUGUGGCUACGUCUUCUUGGAUUGGUUUGCAAUACCACAGAUUACAGCCCGAGCAAAAGGUGUGAACGAAGAGGUCACCAAGUCGGAUGCAGCACUGGCUGUUAAAAGUAUCCCUUCAUAUGUCGAGGCAGCGAGCCUCUUUGUUGCUCUGGUUCCAUUUGUGCCGCAUGCUGACACGAAAGAGUGGUGUUCAUACACAACCUGGCUCGCUCGCGGCUGGUGCCGUGCUGAGCUGUGGCUUCACAUGCUGUCAAGCAAGCCUGACACAAGUGUCAUCCUCGUGACCUCAGUGCCAGAAGCAAAGUUCAUGUUUCCUUUGGACUGGCUCGAGAACACGAUUGCCAGUGGAGAUUUCACAGUCGAGGAAGACCGUGCUGUGGUGGUUCAGCUGGGGCAGAGAGCGCUGGAAUCCAAGAUCCGCGAGCAUAGGCAGUCUGGGCCACUCGCGGUGUUCCGGUUCUAUCGGGCGCAUCAGUGGAAGAUGCUGGGCCAGAAGCGGUCCGAGUGGGGCGUGCAAGAGUUUCUGGAUGCCUUUCAGUUCCCUAGCCUGGAAGAUGCUGCGAAGGAUCAGAGUAGCAUGAGUGCCCUCAUGUGUGCGGUGUUCACUGGCGACAGUCACAUGAUUCGUCUGCUGGUGGCUAACCGUGCCGAUGUGAACAUCAGAGCUCAUGGCUUAUCAAAGGCGGGAUACUUCGACGGUCAGCCACUGAUCGUUUGUGCGGCAAAGUCCCACCAACCCGCCCAUGUCCUGGCCACACUUUGUGAGCUGCGCGCAGACGUGCAUGCCAGAAUGGGUUUAAUGGGUUCGACAGUAGCACCCAUGGUACGCUCGCGGGAGCAACUGAAGGUAAUUUUGGAUGCAAGGGCGGACUUUCACGGGCACUUUGACCCCGCGGGUCACACUCCACUUGGUGGUGCCUGCGGCAUGGCAAACUCCGAGACCAUUGCCGCGCUGCUGGAAGUAAGGUGCAAUCCCAACCCACCCCUGUAUGGUCUCGGCCAGAGCCCUUUACACCAUGCAAUCCUGUUCUCAAGGGGAAACCCUUCUGCCUUCAAGAUCGUCCAGCUGCUGCUUGAGCAUGGAGCUGACCCCAAUGCCCUCACCAAUCCAACUGGAACAUUCAAAUGGAUGAGCCAGGCGGCUCAGGCGUAUGAGGUCAUCAUGGGGAGGGAGAACUGCAGCUUCCUUGUCCGCUGCUACGCCAUUCUCACACGCUUAUCCCCGCUGGGCCUAGCAGCGUUCAUUGGCGACCCUGACUUGCUCCAGCUCCUGCUCGAUUUUGGCGCAGAAGCACCUGUGCCAAAUAGUCGAGGAGACUUCCCCGUGGACUUGGCAAGAGAGAACGGGCAUUUCCAUUUGCUGCCCAUCCUAAAUACCUUCCAUGUCUAG